UUGCCAAACCGACUCCGCCAUAAGCGGCUACGUAAUUCCGGGGCCGUUGGGGAGAAAGGGCGACCUUGGACUCGGGUAGGGGCGCGAUCCAGAGGAGCGCGUGGUGCAGUUAUGGAAGUGCUGGAGGCGAUUUGGGGCUUGCUGGCUGUGGCCCUCCUGGCCUUUGGCCUUUAUUGCUGCUACGUCAAAUACGUCCACCUGAAAUACGAUUAUAUUCCCGGCGCCCCGAGGGCGAGCUUUUUCUUUGGUCACCUGCCAUACUUUUGGAGAAAGCUUAAAAAUAAAGAAGUGGCUCAUGAUCUCUUUAUACAGUGGGCUGAAGAACAUGGACCAAUCUUGCGUAUUAAUUAUUUGCACAAAAUCUCAGUGGUAAUAUUAAGUCCUGAAGGAGUAAAGGAGUAUCUGAUGCUACCACAAUACCCCAAAGACCCAGACAUAUAUAGCAUGUUUUUUAAUAUUUUUGGUGUAAGGUUUUUUGGGAAUGGCUUGAUAUCAGAUCCGAACCAUGAACGCUGGCGCAAGCAACGGAGAAUUAUGGAUCCAGCUUUUAGCCGAACUUACCUGUCUGGCUUGAUGGGAAUCUUCAAUGAGAAAGCAGAAGAGCUUAUGAAGGUGUUGGAAGAGAAAGCUGAUGGAGAGACAGAAGUAGAUGUGAUGAGCCUCCUGAGACGGGUGACUCUUGACAUCAUUGCAAAGGUGGCUUUUGGCUUAGAACUGAACACCCUCCAUGAUUACCAAACACCUUUCCCACGUGCAGUGGAUUUAAUUGCAGAAGGCAUGACCAAGAUACGCAUCCCUUUUUUUCAGUACAUACCCUGGAACAGAAAAAAGGUGAAAGAGAUUCAGGACAGCUUGAGGCUGCUACGUCGCACCGGGGAGGAGUGUUUUGAGCGGAGGCGCAAGGCCAUGCUGAAUGACGAGGAGACCCCUUUGGAUAUUCUUACUCAAAUCUUGAAGAGUGAAGCUCAGGAGGGAGGCUGCGAUUAUGACAGCAUGCUGGACAACUUUGUCACCUUCUUUUUUGCAGGUCACGAAACCACUGCCAAUCUGUUGUCUUUCACCAUCAUGGAGCUGGGGCGGCAGCCUGAGAUAGUGGCAAAACUUCAGGCUGAAGUGGAUGAGUUUGUUGGCGUAAGGAGAGACAUUAACUAUGAAGAUCUUGGCAGCCUCCAGUAUUUGUCGCAGGUUCUCAAAGAAUCCCUACGAUUGUACCCACCGGCUCCAGGCACUGUACGCUGGACAGGAACUGAAAAUGUCAUUGAAGGGGUCAAAAUUCCAGCAAACACCGCCCUGAAUUUCAACACAUAUGUCAUGGGACGCAUGGAAAGGUUUUUCAAGGAUCCACUGAUCUUCAAUCCUGACCGAUUUGGUAAAGACCAGCCCAAGCCCUACUAUUGCUAUUUCCCAUUUGCUUUGGGGCCUCGUUCCUGCAUUGGGCAGAUAUUUGCACAGAUGGAGGCUAAAGUGAUUAUGGCCAAACUCCUGCAGAGGUUUGAAUUCCAGCUGGUCCCACCACAGAGAUUUAAGGUUCUGGAAUCAGGAACACUGAGGCCAUUCGAUCCUGUAGUGUGCAGACUGAACCUACGCAACCCUCUUGGCUUUUGAACAUCAAGCAACACAUUGACGGCAGGCUUCAGUUGGGGAUUGCUGUUGGGAAAUGCUAAAGUGCAUUUCAGAGACGAAUCAGAAUUCGUAGUGGAGUCUGGACCAGGAUUUAUAUUGUCUGAUGCAUGAGUUAAAACACUUAAGAGGACUUAACUGUUUCAGUGGGUAGCCAUGUUGGUCUGCAGUGGAACCACUAGAUUCGAUGCAAAUAUUACUUUAGAGGUCAACAAGAUAUCUGACAAAGGGACCUCUGACUCUUGCAUGUUCAUAACCCCGAAAACCAGACCAAUUUCGAAAUUUGAAGAGAGAUGGAGAGUGUUUGUUAUGCAAGCAGGAGGCAAAUUUAGAAUGGGAAACAGAAAAAAAUUGUAUAUAAUUGUAUCACAACGUGAAAGCAGAUGAAAAUGUUUUGAAUAUAAAUGUAUAAGGAAGUAGAUUCUGAACAAAAAUAUCUUUUUACUGUAUGUAUAAUAGACUUUUAAUAAUUUGCUAUAUUAAAAGUUACAGCUAGUAGAAAUGAUGAAAUAUGCAAUAUAGAAUACGUAGUAAUGAUGAAAUUAAUAAUAUAGUUGCAAAAUAGAUCAGUUAUGAAAUCUGAAAGUUAAAAUGUUUGAAGUAAGGACCAUUGUAUUCUAUAGAAAGUCUUUAAAAUGAAGGGGAUGAUGAGAUAAAUAUUUUCUGUUCUAUAUACCCUUUAAUGUACAAAUAAAA